AUGAACGGUGACGAUGUCGAUCUGACGGCCAUGGUGCAACAAGUGCGUCAACUGUGUGAUUCAUGUACAGAUGACGAUAUUCGGUUGGACCUGCAAAAGACAAAAAGCGUAGAAGUUACGCUCAAUCGAAUAUGGGACGGACAGCUUCUAGAAAAACCAACCCGAAAGACCGAUUCUCAGAUACCUAUUGUCGUUGUGUCGGACGAUGAAGACCAAGUGCCUGAUACUGAGAUUCUUACUCUACAUGAAGAUGUGCAUGUUCGAACCGCUUAUGCCGACACGCGUACUGCGGAAGUGGAUAGCAAUAAUGCCACAUCACCCAUAUUGUCCCCAGCGAAUCGAUUCACUUCCAGCUUUGAUCUGGACGGCGAUGCACUACCUUCUGCCGAUGAGCUUUUCAGUAGCAUCACUAUAGAUCGUCGUAAACGGAAAAGAAGUGAAGGACCAAACAAUGCGGUGGCCUUCGUUGACAGUCAAGCAACCGACCUCUCUCACAAAUCUCGAUCGUUGUCUUCCGAUAAGAAUCCAGUGACUGACCUGACUGAUUUGGAUAAUUUUGAGUUUGCUAUGCCUUCCAAUACUUGGGAUUUCCUAAAGGAGUGGGAAGACGAUUUGGCCAGCUCGCAGUCCUCUAUACCCGAAACAGGUUCCCAGCUUUCAGCCGUGGAAGAUACCACGAAAGGAUCAAGCGAUCUCCCAAGUAAGGAGCGACGCGCGCAGCAACGAAAAUUGCAAGCUGAGGAAAAACGCAGAGAAAGACAACGUCUCAAGGAGCAAAAGGAAGCUGAAAAAUUACGUCGGAAAACGCUCCAGCAAGUCAACCGAUUGCGUUCGAAUCGUAAUGAAUCGUUGAAAGAAAUCAUUCUGCAUAUUGACCGCAAUUUCGCGGAAACAAAACGAGGGCAUUUGUUAAUGGCGGUCUUGGCAGCAAAGGAAGUGCAAGUAGAGCUCACAGAGCCAAAUAAUUCCUAUGAUAUCACAUGGAGUCGCAAGUGUGUCGCAGAUUGGGAUACCGAUUCACAACAGUUCACCCCACGCGAAGAAAUGACCAUUGAAGAAGAACCGUUCGUAUUAGUGCUCUUGGAUGCGGAUAAGAUCUGUCACUUGGUGAAACGCCAGCAACUGGAAUCCCGAAUGGAAGAAGUGCAACUCGCGGUUGGACAAAAGCAAAUUUUACUCAUGAUUGAAGGACUGGACUCUUAUUACAAGAAGCAUAAUUUGAUGAAACGCAGACAGUUCGAGAACGCAGUUUUGGAAAGUAUUCAACAGGAGGAGCCUGUAUCUAGUCAAGAGAGUCUAAGAUUGGCUUCGGAAGGCUCAAGCAGGGCAAACAACAGGCGAUCGCGCACGGCCGCCGAUAUUUUGUCUGGACCCGACAAGGACGAGAUCGAAGGGUCACUGACCACACUGCAGAUCAUGCAAAAUGUGAUGCUUGUACCGACAUCAGAUGCACAGGACUCUGUGGAUUGGAUCCUCUGCAUCUCAACCGAUAUCGGCAAUGCAUUGUAUUGGUAG